AUGGCCAAACCAGAGCAAACACUUUAUGAAGCUAUUAUUCGAUGUGACAUUGAUUCUGUAAGAAAUCAACUGGCAAACAAUGUCAAUCCAAAUGUCUUCCCAAAUAAUCCGACAAUUACA